GGUUACACUGAACUGAAGCGUUCUCUUCCUGGCAAACACAGAAUGUAUCAGAACAGUUUGACUCUCAGAUAUAUGCAAAUAUUUUAUGGGAAGCGGCGUGCCACUAAAUCACUGAGGUGCGAAGAACAAAAACACUGCGGAUUUGUAUUCCUCAGAGGCAAAAGCAAAAUCUGCUUCUAUGGAAUGUACGGGCCUGAUUUUGAAAAAAUGUUCUCCAUUACGUUUCCAGUAAUAAUCCAGAACUCAGUUUUGUGCAAGUGGAUGGCUGGAGGGACUCGGUACUGCUGGCUGUGCCCUUUAGGGAAGAAAUGGCAUCCGAUAUUCCUGGCUCGGUGGCCUUGCCGGUGGCACCGAUGGCGAGCGGCCAAGUGAGAAUGGCAGGGUCCAUGCCUUCCAGAGGGGGAAAGCGACGCUCCGGAAUGGAUUUCGAUGAUGAAGAUGGGGAGGGACCCAGCAAAUUUUCAAGGUAUGAUGGUGAUCAAAUAUCUGGUGAUAAGGAAAAGUUUGCAAGGGAGAAUCAUAGUGAGAUUGAGAGGCGCAGAAGAAAUAAGAUGACGCAGUACAUCACGGAGCUGUCCGACAUGGUGCCCACUUGUAGCGCGUUGGCUCGUAAGCCUGACAAGCUGACGAUCCUUCGGAUGGCUGUUUCACACAUGAAAUCAAUGAGGGGCACCGGGAACAAAUCUACUGAUGGAGCUUACAAGCCAUCGUUUCUUACAGAACAGGAACUGAAACAUCUUAUCCUGGAGGCUGCAGAUGGGUUCCUGUUUGUGGUUGCAGCUGAGACUGGGAGAGUCAUCUACGUAUCGGACUCAGUGACUCCGGUGCUCAACCAGCCGCAGUCCGAAUGGUUUGGCAGCACCUUAUAUGAACAGGUUCACCCAGACGACGUGGAAAAGCUACGGGAGCAGCUGUGUACAUCUGAAAACUCUAUGACAGGACGAAUCCUUGACUUGAAGACUGGAACAGUAAAAAAAGAGGGUCAGCAGUCCUCAAUGAGAAUGUGCAUGGGAUCAAGACGCUCUUUUAUUUGCAGAAUGAGGUGUGGAAAUGCUCCUCUGGAUCACUUACCUCUGAACAGAAUAACCACCAUGAGGAAAAGAUACAGGAAUGGCCUGGGCCCUGUAAAAGAAGGUGAAGCACAGUAUGCUGUUGUCCAUUGCACUGGCUACAUCAAGGCUUGGCCACCAGCAGGAAUGACUAUACCAGAAGAAGAUGCUGAUGUGGGACAAGGUAGUAAAUACUGCCUCGUGGCAAUAGGAAGGCUUCAGGUAACCAGCUCUCCGGUGUGCAUGGACAUGAAUGGCAUGUCGGUCCCAACUGAGUUCUUGUCAAGGCACAACUCUGACGGAGUCAUCACCUUUGUUGACCCCAGAUGCAUCAGCGUCAUUGGCUACCAGCCCCAGGAUCUUCUGGGGAAAGACAUUUUAGAAUUCUGCCAUCCUGAAGAUCAAAGCCAUUUGAGAGAGAGUUUUCAACAGGUUGUGAAACUGAAAGGUCAAGUCCUGUCUGUGAUGUACCGUUUUCGAACCAAAAACCGGGAAUGGAUGCUGAUCAGAACCAGCAGCUUCACCUUUCAGAAUCCUUACUCCGACGAGAUUGAAUACAUCAUCUGCACCAACACUAAUGUAAAGCAGCUCCAGCAGCAGCAAGCAGAACUUGAAGUACAUCAAAGAGAUGGGCUGUCAUCCUAUGAUUUAUCUCAGGUGCCUGUUCCAAGUAUACCAGCCAACGUUCAUGAGGGUGGAAAGUCUGUGGAAAAGCCGGAUGCUAUCUUCUCCCAGGAGCGAGAUCCUAGAUUUGCUGAGAUGUUUGCUGGAAUAACUGCUUCAGAUAAAAAAAUGAUGGCCUCAGCAUCCACAGCAGGAAACCAGCAGCUGUAUUCACAGGGAAGCCCAUUUCAGCCAGGACAUUCAGGAAAGAGUUUCAGUUCAUCUGUGGUACAUGUGCCUGGUGUGAACGACAUCCAGUCUUCUUCAUCAACAGGCCAGAAUCUGACACAGAUAUCUCGCCAGCUGAAUCAGAGUCAGGUUGCCUGGACAGGAAAUCGCCCACCAUUUCCAGGACAGCAAAUUCCAUCUCAGUCUGGUAAGGCUCAGUCAUCUCCCUUUGGGAUUGGAACAAGUCACACCUACCCAGCAGAUCCAUCAUCAUACAGCCCACUUUCCAGCCCUGCCACCUCUUCUCCAAGUGGGAAUGCCUACUCCAGCUUAGCAAACCGAAGUGCAGGGUUUGCGGAAGGCGGUCAGAGCAGCAGCCAGUUCCAGGGGAGGCCAUCUGAAGUCUGGUCCCAGUGGCAGAGCCAGCAUCACAACCAGCAGAGCGGAGACCAGCACUCGCACCCACAGCCCAGCCAGACCGAGGUGUUCCAGGACAUGCUGCCGAUGCCGGGGGAUCCAACGCAGGGUACUGGCAACUACAACAUAGAAGAUUUCGCUGACCUGGGCAUGUUUCCACCGUUUUCUGAAUAGCUUGUGAAGCAGAAAUUGAAGCUCUUCUUCAAGGCCAUUUCAGUAUAUUUUUUGGCUCUGCUUUUUCUGUGUUGCAUUUCUGUAGAAGCUACUAAACCAGAAGAUGCAUUUCUCAUAUUUCAGAUAGUGGUGUAGGGCUCGCUCUCUCCUCCACGGGGUGCGUUAGUGCCGACAGAGGAGCUCCAGCUCUUGGUUGUGUCCAUUGACAGCUCCGUUAUUUCUAGUUAUUUUAUCAUCAUCUACCUCAGAGAUGAAAAACUUCGUUUGAUUUAAAAAAACAAACAAACAAACAAAUCUCUGAGUCUUAAAUAUUUGAAUGUGAAUGAUAUCCAAUAUUUCCUUUGAAUGGUAAUUUUUAAAUAGAUAAUGCAGUAACAAAGACUAACAGAGAAAAGGUAAGGUGAUGUGUUGUUACAGUGCCUACCACUCAAUUUCGAUGCCUUGCUUUAAGCUUAGGUUUCUGGGAGCAGACAGAAUAUUCUGUUUUCUUUCCUUCUUGUAGUUUUUAGUUCACUUUAAAUGUGAGAUUAAGCAACGUAAUGUAGGCCUCUCUCACCAGAAGAUUCAACUCCACCUUUUCUAACUUAAACUUGAAUGUGUGUACAUUUUGGUACUUUAUGUAUAUCUUGUGAUGUAUGAAGUGAUUUCCUGUACUGGUUUCUUUUGCCUUUUAAUAGGGUCUAUUCUGGAGUGAGAAGUGAGAAGGCUGACAAUAUGUGGAGGCUUUAGAUACUGCAGGAGUCUCCAUCACUUCACAUGGUGUUCUUACUUUUAAUUCAGGUGGUUCUCUAUUCAGAACAAGCAUUUACUUACAGAAGCUAUUAGUCUGUUUUUGCACUGAAUUGAGGCCUAUGUAACUCUACACAUUGCUCACUGGCUGCUUUAAUUUUGAUUGUUCUUGCUUUCUCAAUAAUACUGCCUCGUAAAAAUGACUGUAAACCCAUCGAGAUUGCAGUUUCAAUACUAGCUGCAUUUCCUUUCUGUGAAGUACUUUUUAUACUGUGAAAUCUCACGUUUUAGCAGUGCGAGGUGGUGGCCUAUUACAGUGAAAUCAUUCAAGCUCAUUUGCUACAAGCAGUGAGAUGGUUUUGUAGCAUAUGCUUUUUUAGAGUUGGUAAUGGUAGUGGAUACCAGUUGGACUCUUGUCCACUGUGUACACAGUGAUAACUUGAAUUUUUGCUUGGAUUCCCAAGCAGUCAUUUCUGUUAAACCCUGUUAACCCUUUUCUGUUAAAUGCUGGGUUUUCACCUUACAAAGUGUUUCGAGUACUGGCUAUUCUGAAUGCUGUGUGCUUUUCCACAGAGGUAAGUUCAUCAGCCUUCCUUCAGAGCAAGUCAUCUACCAUAUCCAUUCAUCAGAAAUGUGGUAGCAAGUUUUUCAUUUAUCUCAUGCAUAAGAUGAGUUACAGGAGGUUGGGUUUGUAUGCUCAGCCUUUUUAUUCAUUUCUUUUGGGGUGGGAGAAGGAAUUGUUCAUAAAGGACGAGGAGCCCAGAGUUCCUGCAUGCAAAUUUUCUGCAACCUUUGAGGUUGGAAAGGUGGAAGCCAGCCUUUGGGAAGGAGCAGGGUGAGCUUCCCGGAGCCUUUGCAUAUUCAGGAGCUAUCAUGGACCUUGAAACAGGAACCCCCAUCUAGAUCCCAAUAUCCACAGCCCUGCAUCUAAAUCCUAAUGUCCACGCAAUUCAUAGACCUCACAGCACUACGGUCUCGCUUAUUCUAGCUCCUCUUGAGUCACGGGCUAUGUUUCAAUGGGAAGGACCACGUACAUUACUGUAGUUUAUUUUGCCAAGAUAACAUCUUGGAAAAGCGGGCAGGCCCCUGUCCUGCACUUUGCCCUGGCAUCAUUCUGAAAGGCAGCGCAGGCUGCUGGGCCAGCAGUGGCACAGGGACCACGGGGUGUUUUUCCACCUGACUUUGCUUCCCCAGCCCUCAGGCAGGACAGCAUGUAGUUUUCAGUAUCCAGGAAGAGCCUUUUCUACUUUUUCUCUUGCCAAGUCUGGGACCAAUCUCUUAUCCUACAUGCAAGUGGGGCUAGAGACACUUUUUUUUAGGAGAUUUUUUAAUGUAUCUAGAUGCAGUCCUGCAGAGGCCUCAGAUCCCCCUGGUCUGUACUUGCCUCACCAAAAUCACACUGAAAGCAAACAAAAAAUCAUAUCUCUUCUCUCCCAGAGACAGGGAAAGUACCUUCUUAGGUGAGCAAGCCAUGCACUUACGCACAAUUCACUUGAAUACAUGAAUGUUAAUUUUCUUGGAGCCUUCUCCCUUUCCACCCAUGCUGCUCGAGAGAAUAACUGCUCGCUGAAUUACAUAAACAAAGCUCUGCUGUCCUCAGAAUGAAAUUCACUAUUGCUGAAAAAGAUGCCUUGGUGCAGUGCAGGCUGGGGGGAGGCAGGGUCAGCAUCUGCACGCUUCAGUAGGGAGCAGCAGUCUAUGGAAUCUGAUCAUGAGGGAGAGAGCAGCAGAUGAGCAGUUUCUAUCUCUGUGCAGAAGAUGCUGGAGAUUAUACAUUUCAGUUCUUCUAGAAUUUUUAAAAACCAUUAGUCUGUAAAGUGGAAAAUGAAUCCAAAAAUGCUAUUGCUCUGUUCUAUUUUACCUGACAGACUGUUCUAAGCAUAUUUAUAAUUUAUUCAGAAUUCAAUCUAAAAAUAAGAUGUACGCAAUUGUCUUUAUCCUAAUAUCAGCUGUGAUGACUUCAUCCUGGAAUCACAGAAUGGCUUGGGUUGGAAGGGACCUCAACUAUCACCCAGCCCCAACCCCCCGCCAUGGGUUGGGUGACCCCUGCAGACCAGGCUGCCCAGGGCCCCAUCCAGCCUGGCCUUGGGCACCCAUAGUGGGCAGGGGCAUCACUACCCUCUGAGUAAAGAAUUUAUUCCUCACAUCUAAUCUACAUUUCCUCUCUUUUAGUUUAAAACCAUUCCCCCUUGUCCUAUCUCACAAAACUUGACUGUGCAGUUAAAAGUGCACUGUUAGCAGAAUUUCAAGCACGUUUUCCCUUCUUUUACUUGCUGUGUUUUUCUUUUUUCCAUACAGUGACAUGCCAGUGUGCCUGAGGCAUCAGGGCACGAGCGGCUGCUUCUCAUCUGAUAGCCCCCAACCCUUCUGUUUGGGAAAGGGGAUGACUGCUCCAUUAAGGGACAGUGCGGGUGGCACCCGGUUGGGGCUUUCCCUGCAGGCUGCGGUCAUCCAUUCCUCUGCUUUCUUCUCCUUUCCUCCCUUCCUUACCACUGCAUUUCCAUAUCUCCUAGCCACACACACAUGGGGAGGUGUGGGCAGCCCUUCCCAGUGAGAAGGGAGCUUAGCGAGCUUCAGGUUCAGGAGCACUGUGCUUCUAGCCAAGUGGCCGAGCAGGUUCAGCAUCCGCAGUGUCAGUGUUAGCUGCUCUGCAAAGCCCCAUCCCAGCUCUCGUGGCAGAACGCGCUGCGCAGGCUGAGCUGUGCUGCAUCUUUAUGUCAUGUAGUUGGCUGUUAGAGCAACUCCCUUUAUAGUAUAGCUGGCAUUGUAAAGUGCAUUUGGAAUGCUAACGUCCUUACUGUGUGCCAUUGGUGUAACUUUGCUGGUGCUUUUGCUGCCAGUCUCUGGAAUUUCACAGGUGGUGGAUUUCUUGUUUCUUUUGUGUGCUCGUUGCUAAGCUGCAAAUAAAGCUGUGAUUUCUGAUCGGACUGUGUCGCAAACACAGUGUUUCUCAAAACCGAAUCUGCUGAUUUUUAAACUGCAAAUAGUAAUGUCUGGGUGAGCUAUUUCCACAAGUGGGCAUGUAGAGAUUUCAGAUACUAAGAUAUGUACAUUCCUUAGCUGGAACAAGCUGUCCUGUUGAACGAGAGGGACUCCAUCACAUUCCUUGUUACGAGCACUACUGGCAGUACGUACAGUUAUGCUUGAACCGGGCAGUUCCACUUGUAGCUUUGUUGCCUUUUUUUCUGUUGUUCAAGUACAGUAUUGAACUGUAAAUACUUCUUGCAGUACUGCCUUUUUAACUCUUACUCACUUUUGGCACAGUGUUAAAUAGUGUUGGAUUUACCCAAUUGCUAUGACAUAUAUUUUUAUACAUAGGUGUACUCUUUUCUCGAGAAUAACAGCCAUUUUGUCAUCAAUGCCUUACCAGUGUCAUACUGCUGUUGCUCUUUGUUUGCAAGGUAUCGGGUGGACUAAUUUCCAGUUGAGAUAUUUUCACUUUUCCUGGCAGUGCUCAUUUGGGAUCCAGGUGAUUUUUGCCAGUCCCGUUUUUUGCAGUUGUAAGCUGUGAGAAGAGGAGAAUGUGAGCUUUGUGUUCUUCCUGUUAAUGGAGCAAAUGAAAGGUGAUGCCAUCUAAUUGUCUAUAGAAGGUCGGUCUUUUCCUGCUCUAAGCCAGAGUGCAUUUCGUGGAACUGAUGACUGUGGGCACUGAUUACUUUGUGUAGAUUAAAAAGAAAAAAGAAAAUAAAAACAAAACAAAACAAAAACCUAAACAACAACAAAAAAAGAAACCUCCCAAAAUGGACUUCUGUCAUUGUUAGGCACUUGGUUACUUAUCUGUUUAAACUCUUCCUAUUGAUGUGAAAUUGUGCCGUGGAUAAAGUGUAUUUUGUACUUCUGAAUGUUCUAUAUUUAUGACUAACAAGUACAGAAUCGGUUGUGUGUAUGUAUAACUAAUAACUGCCUUUUUAAAAUUCAUUCAAAUAAAAAGGUCAUGAGCUGUUGUUAA